AGGGAUGUCCAACCCCACUGAUCCCAUGCCAACAUACUGGCACAAUGACAGUGCAUAUUCCCGUAAGCCAGACAUAAAGCAAGAGAUCGAGGGUGCUGCGCGUGCACAAGCACCUCCCGGAGCCGAUGGAGCCUGGAUCACGUCGGAUCACUUGAACCAUGGAACAGUUGAUUAUGCACGAGGUGAGAGCAAGGAGCGUAGACACAUCUAUCCU